GGAGCCCAGCGCGGAGCCCAGCGCGGAGAGCUCGGCGCGGAGCGGAUAGCAGCGCUGAGAGCGCACAGCCUACCCGAGAUGGAGCGCUACAAAGCCCUGGAACAGCUGCUGACAGAGCUGGACGACUUCCUCAAGGUCCUAGACCAGGAGAACCUGAGCAGCACAGCCGUGGUGAAGAAGAGUGGCCUGUCGGAGCUUCUGCGGCUUUACACCAAGAGCAGCAGUUCUGAUGAGGAAUAUAUUUACAUGAACAAAGUGUCAAUCAACAGGGAACAGAACUCAGCAUCUCCAGACAAAGUUCCCGAGGAGCAGGGUCCACUGACCAAUGGGGAGCCCAGCCAGCAUUCCUCGGCCCCUCAGAAGAGCCUUCCAGACCUGCCUCCACCCAAGAUGAUUCCAGAGAGGAAACAACCCACCAUUCCAAAGAUCGAGUCCCCCGAGGGCUACUAUGAAGAGGCUGAGCCAUUUGACACAUCCAUGAAUGAGGAUGGAGAUGGUCUGAGCAGCUCCUACGAGUCCUACGACGAGGACACCAAAGGCAAGGCGGCCCUCUACCAGUGGCCCUCACCCGAGGCCAGCAUUGAGCUGAUGCGUGACGCCCGCAUCUGUGCCUUCCUGUGGCGCAAGAAGUGGCUAGGCCAGUGGGCCAAGCAGCUCUGUGUGAUCAGGGACACCAGGCUCUUGUGCUACAAAUCGUCCAAAGACCACAGUCCCCAGCUAGACGUGAACCUGCUGGGCAGCAUCGUCGUGCACAAGGAGAAACAAGUGCGGAAGAAAGAGCACAAACUCAAGAUCACUCCGAUGAACGCCGACGUGAUCGUGCUGGGCCUGCAGAGCAAGGACCAAGCUGAGCAGUGGCUUCGGGUCAUCCAGGAAGUGAGUGCCCUGCCUUCUGAAGGAGCCUCGGAGGGAAACCAGUACACACCAGAUGCCCAGCGCCCAAACUGUCAGAAACCAGACAUAGCUGAGAAGUACACAUCAGCGUCGGAGUAUGGGAUCAUCGUCGAUGGCCACCCCGAGCUCCCAGAGACCAAAGAUGUCAAGAAGAAAUGCUCUGCUGGCCUCAAGCUGAGCAACCUUAUGAACCUGGGCAGAAAGAAAUCUACCUCGCUGGAGCCCCCGGAGAGAUCCAGCUACCUGAAUGUGCUGGUGAACAGUCAGUGGAAGUCACGCUGGUGCUUCGUUAGAGACAGCCACCUGCACUUCUACCAGGACCGGAACCGGAGCAAGAUGGCCCAGCAGCCCCUCAGCCUGGUGGGCUGUGAAGUGCUACCAGAUCCCAGCACCGACCACCUGUAUUCCUUUCGUAUCCUCCACAACGGCGAGGAGCUGGCCAAGCUCGAGGCCAAGUCAUCAGAGGAGAUGGGCUACUGGUUAGGCCUCCUGCUCUCAGAGUCGGGCUCCAAGACAGACCCAGAAGAGCUCACCUAUGACUAUGUGGAUGCCGAAAGGGUUUCCUGUAUUGUGAGUGCGGCCAAGACCUCUCUCUUACUGAUGCAGAGAAAGUUCUCAGAGCCCAACGCAUACAUCGAUGGCCUACCCAGCCGGGACUGCCAAGAAGAUCUGUAUGAUGACGUGGAGGUGUCAGAGCCUAUGGCAGUGGCGGAGCCUGCCGAGGAAGCCACUCCUGCUGUGGAUGCUAACAGUGGGAGAGAGCUAGACCGAGUAUACCUGGAUCUCACACCUGUCAAGUCCUUCCUGCACAGUACCAGCGAGGUCCAGGUGCAGGCCUCUCUCCCAGCAGUACCACAUCAGGACGAUGUAGCUGAGACCCUCGCAGUAGACCCAAAGCCAGUCACCACACCAGAGGAGCCCCACACAGAGUCUCCAGGAGACCCGGAGGCUCAGCAGAGGCAGCCAGAGGGUCAGGAGUCUUCAGAACCUGUGGAGCCCAACCUAAGAAUCACCACGGUUAAGCUGCAGGCCGAGCAGCAAAGAAUCUCCUUCCCGGCCAACUGCUCGGACACCGUGGCUGCCGCCCCCAUCAGUGCCAGCCCACCUGUGAAGGACAAGCUGAGGGUGACCAGUGCAGAGAUCAAACUUGGGAAGAACCGGACGGAGGCGGAAGUGAAGCGGUACACGGAGGAGAAGGAGAGGCUGGAGAGGAGUAAGGAGGAGAUCCGAGGGCACCUGGCUCAGCUCCGCAGAGAGAAGCGGGAACUCAAAGAGACCAUGUUAAGAUGCACAGAUAAGGGAGUCCUGGCCAAGCUGGAGCAGACACUGAAGAAAAUAGAGGAGGAAUGUCGGAUGGAGGAGAGCAGGCGCGUGGACCUGGAGCUCAGCAUCAUGGAGGUGAAGGACAACCUGAAGAAGGCAGAGGCUGGGCCUGUGACCCUGGGCACCACUGUGGAUACCACCCACCUGGACAACAUGAGCCCUCGUCCACAGCCCAAAGCUGCCACCCCCAACCCCCUGCCAGACUCUACGCCAGUCAACUCUGCAUCUGUGCUCAAGAACAGGCCUCUUUCUGUCAUGGUCACAGGCAAAGGCACUGUCCUGCAGAAAGCCAAGGAAUGGGAGAAGAAAGGAGCCAGUUAGGAAACAAGAACUGCCUAAAGACUCUUGUGUGAUUGUGGACCUUGGUGACAAUCCUGCUCCGGUCAAGUCUUCAAUAAAACAGCAACUCUGAGGAAAGGUGAGUCUGUUUACAAGGAAAAGCAAGGAAUGACGGGCUUGCUGCAAAUGGAGCUUCGGUUAAGAGCCCUGUCUCCUCUUCAAGCCAAAGGGAACACAGUGGUGGCAUCGGCAGCGGCGUUGGAGACAAAAUCUACUGGCUGUCAGUGAGACAAUGUACUUUCCCUUUUCUUUUUAAAGAUUUCAUCCAUCACUCAACUGUUUUAUCAAGAUUUUUAGGUAGUGAGAAAAUGGCCACAUUGCUUUUGGUUACAAGAAAAUCUAAAUUUCUGACUCAUCUUUUAUCCUGUAUUUGGCAAUGUUAAGGUUUAAAUCAUGCGUUGCCCCCAUGUUUGUCCUCGACACUGGGUGGGCUCAGUGUGGUCUUUGACGAUCUUAAAGAACAUUAGAACCUUGAAAUCAGUAGCAGAGGGACAUAUUGGGAACCAAGCUAAGGCACUGACCCUGUAGGGGGCACUAAGGACUUUCUCCCAAUCCAGGCAAACUUUUAAUCAAUGCUGUAUUAUAUAAGGGGAACUUCCUGUGUUUACAGACCCUGUCCUGUGGCAAGGCUACUUUUAAGAAAAGAGUUUAAGUUAAUUACCUCUUCAUUACCAUUUUAAAGAUGUUUUAAAUUUCUGGUCCCCUUGCAAGGAAAACAGCCGUAAAUUAGAGUAGCCUGUCUUGUCUGUGAGAUUGGCAGCCAGUGCUGUCUUUAUAUGCUGUCUCUCUGUGGACAGCAUUAACACAAGUUGAUACAUUUCAUCUGUUACCUGCCCCAUUUCUGAGCGUUUGGAACCAGUUCUCUAGCACUGGUUUCUGAAGGCUAAAUGUUUUUACACAUAUAUUAUUGUCUUUCUAAUCCCAGGGCAUUUAUUUCCUGUAUCAUAAACACUUGGUGACCUUUAUCAAGUGGUGAGUUUAGGCAUUUUUUUUUUAAAUAAAAUGUUCACUGUA